CCUCCCUGAAGCCUGAACUCAGCAGGCCCCAGCAAGCCAGGAAGGAGGCUGGCAGAGCUCCCUGCUGCAGACCAGACCAUCCAGCACAGCUUUUGCAAGAUUCCAUUUCCAGUUAUCUUCUGGCAUGAAAGGAGAAUCUCAGCAUGUUGAUAAUAGAUUUUAUGCAAGAAAACACACCCACCCACCAGCCUGUUUCAGCUCAGCCAUAUAUGCAUCCAGAAUUGAAGCCUUGGAGGCGGGGAAUCCACAGCUGGUCCCGGCAGCGGUUGACUUGACAUCAGACAACAGUGGUUCGCCGAUUGUUUCCGGAUCUGGCGGUGGGGAUGCCCGCCCUGCGGACGCGCAAGGGCUAGGUGAGUUCCCGCACUACACAUGGCCCUGGGGGAUGCCUCCUUGGUCCCCUACUUAUCCUCACUAUAACUGGCAAUCUGCUCCUUUAGGUUCUCUGCCCCCUUACGGGGCUUGCGCUCAGGUUUGGCAAGGGGCUCCAUCUGCUGCAGUUGGCGCACCGCCUGCAGUCACGGGUGCCCUGGCUGACCCUUUGAUGGGUCCAAGUCCUUAUCCGCCGUGUGAUACCUCCUUACCUUUGGGGGAUCACCUCUUACCAGCGGUUAGGGAGCGCAUUUGGCGCGGGGAAUUCGUUGACCUCUUUCACCUGCUCUUUAGGGAGCCUGAGCCCGUUUUAAAGGACGGUGAACAGAAGAGGGAGGAGGUUAAGUCCAAACGUAAGCCCAUUGAACACAACUGGGCCAAUUGGCUGUCUGCUUAUACAGUAUACAUGGGCGUGGUACUUCAGGUGCACACCUCCAAGGGCCCCGCCCUGGUAAAGUACCUUGAUAUUAUACACCGUGGCUACAUGGAUUUCAUGGGCAACGCUUGGGAGCGUUAUGAUCGCUCUUUUAGGCUUAGGGCUUCCUUGAAUCCAUCUAUCCCCUGGGAUAGGCAGCAUCAGGAGCUCUGGCUGCUCAUCAUGACUCCUUCCAGGCCUAUUGCGGGCGAACUGGCGGACAGUGGCCACUUAAUUUCUAGGACUCCUGCAGCGCAGUCUUCUGGGCUUGCCGCUGCCCAGGGUGUUCAAUGUACCCUGCCGUGCUGGGCCUUCAAUACCAGUGGCAGCUGUAACAGGUCCCCUUGCCGAUUCCGGCAUGAAUGUGGUUUCUGUGGAGGCAAGCACGCCAGCAUUCAUUGCUCGCGGGUCAGGGGAUCGAGGGGGGGGCCCCGGGAGCCUCCGGCAGGUGGCAGAAAGAGCAGCGGCCCCGCCCAAGGCGGCAAUACUGGAAAAGGGUCCCAGCCCAGUUAGGGUGCCAGUUCUUGCUCGCUUGUUGUGGGACUACCCACUUGAGGCACAAGCGGCCUAUUUGUGGGAAGGUUUCACCUCCGGUUUUCGCAUUCCUUAUGUUGGUUUGAGAGUUCAUGUUAUGGCCCCCAACCUUAAGUCCGUGGUGGGGAUGGAAGCUGUGGUUCAGAGGAAAAUUCAUAAGGAGGUCUCACUAGGGCGGGUCCUUGGCCCGUUUGAUGAGCUCCCCCUGCCGGAUUUACGCAUCUCCCCCUUGGGGGUAGUGCCUAAGAAGGCAUCCGGAGAAUACCGCCUUAUCCACCAUCUUUCUUUCCCCCACGGUUCAUCCGUUAAUGAUGGGAUCCCAGAGGGGCUUUGUUCAGUUAAAUACACCUCCUUCGACCAGGCAGUUCAGGUUGUCCGUUCAUGUGGACGGGGUGCAUUGAUGGCUAAGUGCGAUAUUGAGUCUGCAUUUCGCCUCCUCCCUGUUCAUCCGGCGGAUUUUAAUCUUGUAGGGUUUGCCUUUCAAGGCCAGUUUUACAUCGACCGGGCCCUGCCUAUGGGCUGCUCGAUUUCCUGUGCAGCCUUCGAAGCGUUUAGUUCUAUGCUCGAGUGGGCUCUUAGGCGGGAGGCGGGGCUUGUGUGCACGGCUCACUAUUUAGACGACUUUCUCCUGGUUGGCCGACCCGGGACUGACCAAUGUGGGCACCUCCUUCGGGUUUUCCAGGCCUUAUGCUCUGAGUUAGGCGUCCCACUGGCCCCGGAGAAAACGGAGGGUCCCUCUUCGGUUCUCACCUUUUUGGGUAUUGAACUGGAUACCUUAGGAGGCUGUUCCAGGUUACCUCAGGCUAAACUCAUUACCUUGCGGGCCUUGUUGGCCUCUUGCAGUCAUGCGCGCAAAGUGACUCUUAAACAGAUGCAGCAGCUUAUUGGGCAUCUGAACUUUGCUUGCAGGGUGGUAGUCCCUGGCCGCCCUUUUUUACGCAGACUGUGUGACGCGAUCAAGGGGGUGAGGCUUGGCCACCAUAGGGUGAGGGUUACUGCCCCCAUGCGGGCUGACUUGCAACUAUGGGAGUCCUUUUUGGACUCUUACAAUGGGGUGUCCUUUUGGCGUGAAUCCCUCCUCCUGGAAGCGGAUUUGCAAGUUCAGUCAGACGCCGCGGGUGGGUUUGGCUUCGGCGUCUACUUUCGUGGUCGUUGGUGCGCUGAACGUUGGCCAGCUGCUUGGGUGGCGAGCGGCGUCAUUAGGGAUCUGACUUUUCUCGAAUUCUUCCCCAUUGUUGUGGCUAUCCACCUCUGGGCUGAUCUUUUUCGGGACAGGGCGGUCCGCUUCUGGUGCGACAACCAGGCCACGGUGCGGGUUAUCAAUAGGCAGACCUCUAGAUCUCCCAGGGUGAUGAACUUGGUUAGAGCUUUUGUUUUGGCCUGUUUAUCUAACAACAUACAGUUCAUUGCUUGCCAUGUACCUGGCGUUCAGAACAGUCUGGCGGACGCGCUGUCUCGUUUCCAGGUGCAGCGCUUUCGCCAGCUCGCGCCAGAGGCGGAACGUCAUCCCGAACAGAUGCCGUUGUGGCUGUGGAGCCUUGGCGCUUAGAAGCGCAGAGGGCUGUUUGGGCCUCCCUGGCCCCCAGCACACGCACGGCUUAUAAUAGACAGUGCAGGGCCUUCAUGGAUUUUAGGACACAGGUAGGAUUGGGUCAGGACUGGCCUCCUCCUGCGGAACAUCUGAUGCAGUUCCUGGUACACCUUAAGGGUAAGGGGCUUUCUUCCAGGGCAUUGGCGGGCUAUUUGGCGGCCCUGGCUUUCCAAUCUAAAGCUCGGGGCCUUGCUGACACCACAGGGGACUUCAGGGUACGGAGGAUGCUGGAGGGUUGGUCCCGGGAGCAUCCGGCCGAGGCCGAUAGCCGUAAGCCCAUUUUGCCUUUGGCGAUUCGGGGUGCAGUGGAGCAUUUAGCGGGUGUUUGUAGGUCCCCAUAUGAGACUGCGCUUUUCCAUGCAGCUAUGGUGGUCCUGUUUUUUGGGGCCUUUCGGGCCAGCGAGCUUUUCCCCAGGGGGCGGUUCAGCCACUCCACUAGGGUAGUCCAGUUCGGGGACACUGUCCCCGGGCGGGCCGCAUUGACCUUGCGCCUGCGUUUUUCUAAGACUGAUCAGCGGGGCAGGGGGCACCUUGUGUCACUUCAUCGGGCAGAGGACGUUUUGUUGUGCCCAGUGCGGGCCCUUAACGCUUACCUGACCCUUCGGGGGGCUGCGCCUGGGUGCCUUUUCAUCCAUGAGGAUGGACGCCCCCUCACUCAGUACCAAUUCUGGGCGGUGGCCCGCCGUGCGCUUCAUGUGGCAGGGGUGGACACUGCACGGCUUUCCCUUCACUCCUUCCGCAUUGGUGCGGCUUCAACGGCCUCCCGGCUGGGUCUUUCUGGCGAGACUAUCCAGCGCAUUGGGCGUUGGCGAUCUGCCACUUACCGGAAAUAUGUGCGCUAGCGUCUUUGAGUCGACGCUAAUUGUGUUUUUCUUUACAGGCCCGGCGCGUAGGGCUGAGAGGGCUCGGGUCCUCAUCCUGGGCCAUUCCAUUGUUUUCUGGGCUCACAAGGCUGCACGUGGGGUCCAGCCUGGAACGCAGCUGGGUCUGGGCCAGUGGGCAUCGAUCGCCUGGAUCGGUCGUCGCGGGAUGGUCAUCGCCCAAUUUUUGCCUCUGUUUCAGGAAUUUAUGGCGGCAAACCAGCCGCCGGAUAUCCUUGUUCUGCAUCUUGGUGAAAAUGAUUUGGCAUCCCGGACUGGGUUGGCUAUCUUCCACAGCUUGAGGAGGGAUAUUUUACAGGUCCUUAGGUGGUGCCCGGGGAUUGCCAUCCUUUGGUCAGCCAUGCUGCAGCGCAGGGUUUGGAGGGGAGCCCGGGACCCUUAUGGGGUGGACAGGGCCCGCAGGAAGGUUAACGCACAGAUGGCACGUUUUCUGGGGUCCAUUGGUGGAGGGUUUAUAGAACACCCGGGCAUAAUUUUUUCGUUGCCCUGCCUCUUUAGAGGGGAUGGUGUCCACCUUUCGCCUAGCGGGACCAGUUUGUUUUUGAAGGAUUUGGAGCAGGGAUUGGCUGCGUGGCUACGCACUCAGUGGGGUUAGCAUGGUGUUAAGCUAGGCUAACCCAUGCUUUGGCAGGUGCAGUGCGGUUGGAAAUGAUGUUAUUAGGCUGGUGAGCACCUUCGGGUAAGUGUUUGGCUAUGGGUCAUAAAGGGGCAACUCCCUAGAGACUGCACGGCUCAGGGAUGUCUGCCCUUGGUUGACCUACCCUGACUGGUUAAGCCCCAUGGAAUGGCUGAACGGCUACCUGGGGGCGAUGCUAGUUCAGGGAUCCGGCACUAGGCUGGCUAGGAUAGGCAGCCCCGGUUUCAGAGCUUUCGGGUUGCCUGGAGCCAAGGUGCAUCGCCCUAUGCCAUAGGUUAUGCAUGCCAUGGUUGUGCAUGCCUGUAGUACCGCACUGUAAGAAGGGAUCAGCCAUCCCUGCUCUUUCAUUGUUGUUAAAGUUUAAUAAACUGUGGCCCUUAUUUACACCAAUUCCUUGAGUCUCGUGUCUUCUUGGGUGUCGGGCAAUCCCGCUGCCUCCGCUUGAAUAAGCGGAGCAGCGUCUUUGCCUGGCCCCCUGCAAGAAGCACGAGGCUUCUCCUGGCCUGAUUGGCUGAAUAGCCCGUGCAGGGGGCGGGGCGUGAGCCAGCGUCCUGCUCACUGAUCAAGAGAGCUCAUUCCGCUCUCAGACGGCACCCACCCUCCCUUCCCUAGGUACAGUCAAGGUUUCAACUGGUCGCCGUUUGGGGCCGAGCAGGAAUUUUUUGGGCGCUCACUUGAUUGGCCGUUAGUGUACGCCUUUUUUCGCCUGCUCUUGACUGUAUCACCUGUAGGCAGUAGUUAGUUUGGUCACAGUAUGGCAGGUGCAGUGCGGUUGGAAAUGAUGUUAUUAGGCUGGUGAGCACCUUCGGGUAAGUGUUUGGCUAUGGGUCAUAAAGGGGCAACUCCCUAGAGACUGCACGGCUCAGGGAUGUCUGCCCUUGGUUGACCUACCCUGACUGGUUAAGCCCCAUGGAAUGGCUGAACGGCUACCUGGGGGCGAUGCUAGUUCAGGGACCCGGCACUAGGCUGGCUAGGAUAGGCAGCCCCGGUUUCAGAGCUUUCGGGUUGCCUGGAGCCAAGGUGCAUCGCCCUAUGCCAUAGGUUAUGCAUGCCAUGGUUGUGCAUGCCUGUAGUACCGCACUGUAAGAAGGGAUCAGCCAUCCCUGCUCUUUCAUUGUUGUUAAAGUUUAAUAAACUGUGGCCCUUAUUUACACCAA